CAUCAUCUCAAACAAACGCUCUCAUCCCUUUCAGCCGCAAAAGAUUUCCAUCUCAUAUAUGCUCCAUCUCAAACGUAUGCUACUUCAUCUCUAUCGUGGACUGUGAAGAACGGAAUCCGUAAUUGAAUGUGUUAACCCUCUAUAUUCAUGUGACUUGGAGCAACUUCUGGUGUGAAAUCCUUAGUUCCACUAUGAACUGAAACGGUGUAAAAACUAGCCAUAAGGGUAGACCGAGCUUUGUUGGGUGUUCCUCUCUCUCUCCUUCACUCUUUCUCAAGUGAGAAUCUAGGGUUUGAGUUGGAGAAAUGGAUGAGAGACAAGUUGCAUGUUUUUGUCGAUUCGAUGGAAAAAUUGAAAAAAAUGGUAAUGAGGAAAUUAUAUACAUCGGCGGUGUCAUGGACCCUUUUAUGAUGACUACAACAACAACGUAUGACUCGUUUAUAAAUGAGUUACGAGAAUGUUCUUGUUCAAACAUAAGUGGUAAAGUCAUAUAUUAUACCACAGAAUAUAACAAGAAUGAACUUGUGAGGAUGACAGGAAAAUCUGGAUUUAGAAUGAUGCUUCUAAUGAGUGGUAGCAUGUUAAACGUAUAUGUGGGAGAUACAACUCCUGUAACGGCAUCAUGCACAAUUCCAAGUGAUCAUAGUGAGAGAGAAUUUGUUGAAGCCACUGACUGCAAUCUAUCAACAAGUUGUCUUGCCUCAACGUCUUCACUUCCUCCAACAAAUGCACAUCAGGAUUCUUUUCGACACAUUGAUGGAAUUAAUUCUGAGGGUCAGCUUUUUAAAAGCCCAAAUGAUUUCAAAGAUGCACUCGUUUUGUUUGGUCUUCGUAACCAUUUUUGGUUCAAAUAUUUGGACAAUAGCAGAAGAUAUUAUAGAGUUGUGUGCGAUGUUAAGAGUUGUCCAUGGAAAUUGUCAGCUGGUUGUAAAGGCAGUAGUGAUCUAGUGAGAAUUAUGCGGUUUAAUAAUGUUCACAUUCAUACUGCUCAAGACAUUUCAGAUUAUAAAGCUGUUUUUCGAUCAAAUGAAAUGGGUCGAGCUAUUGUUAACAAGGUCAGGGACAAUUCUAAAUAUACUCCUAAAGCUAUUUCCACAAAUAUUGAGAGUGAAUUUUCAGUUAACAUGACUUACAUGCAAUCGUGGAGAGCUAAGGAGUGUGCACGUCAUAUCAUUGAGGGUAAUCCUGAGGAUAGUUACAUUUUAGUCUUGUGGUUGUGCGAACGGAUAAAAAAUUCAAUUCCCGACACAAUUACAUCUUGGGAGUGCACAGAGGAUAAGAGAUUCAAGCGAGUGUUUGUAGCUUAUGGAUGCUCCAUACAAGGCUUCAUCAACUAUUGCAGGCCCAUAUUAGCAAUCGAUGCUUGCCACUUGAGUGGCAAUUAUCAAGGCACAAUGCUUGGUGCAACGGGUUAUGAUGCGAAUGAAGGGUUGUGGCCUUUGGCGUAUGCUAUCGUUUCUACUGAGAAUGAUGAUGAUUGGCAUUGGUUUUUAAACAAGGUGAAAGAAAUUCUAAAUGGUCGCAUUGUCACGAUCUUAACCGAUAGGCAUCCAAGCUUAAUAAGUUGUAUUAGAGAUAUUUUUGGCUCUCAAUACCACUCAUGGUGUCUUCGUCAUUUAAUGGCGAAUUUUUCUACGUCCAUUCUUGGAAAUCGAAUAUUAGGAUUGAGGAGUAAGGGUAAAGAGAGUGCAAAAAAAUUGCUUGAUCAAAUUGCAUAUGCUCGAACUCUCGACGAGUAUGAGCAUGCACUAGCUGCCAUGCGAUUAUUUCGGGAGUUGUGUGAUUGGGUUUUGGAGCAAUCACCAGAACAUUGGUCAAAUGCUAAGUUUACUUCCAAGCAAUGGGAUAAAUUGUACACCAACCAAGUAGAGUCAUUCAAUGCAUGGGUGAAAGAAGAGAGGGUUUUUUCAAUCACAAGGCUCAUGGAUGCACACGUGCAAAGACUCAGCACAUUUUUAUAUCAAAAGAGUUUGGAUGUUCAGAAGUGGACUAUCCCGGUUGGGAAGCGUAUUGAGAAGAAAAUCCGAGAAGAGCAAAAGGCAGCACUUGGUUUUAGUCUGAUACGUCUUUCGAAUACUGAGUGUACAGCAUAUGACCGACUCAGAAGGCCAUUCAAGGUGAUUUUUGGCACUGAACAGUUUUGUAGUUGUUUGAAGUGGACAAUGACAGGGAUUCCUUGUUCACAUGCAUGUUAUGCCAUCCAUAAUUUUUCUUUAAAUAUUUAUGAUAUGGUUGAACCAUGGUUUAAGGUCGAAACGCAACAAAAGCUAUGCAAACAUCUCAUGUCUUCAAUUCCCAUGCAUGAUAUGCCGAUUCCAACUGCUGUUGCUGAUGAUGAAAGUGCUUCCCAUCUUAGGCCUCCUGCAGUAAAACGUCCCCCUGGACGACCUCGUAUUAAAAGGAUUGAAUCACAAUUUCAAGAUGUAAGGCCGUUGCACUGUUCGCGAUGCGGCGAGACAGGUCAUAAUCGCCGAAACUGCAAGGCUCCUAUUCCUGGAUAGAAUAUUUUGUAAUCAUUGUUAAUUUUUUGCUACUGCAGUAGUACUCUUCUUUCUAAGUUAUUUGGAAACCAUUUAUUAUAAUUAUGUUGUAACUUAUUAUAAAUGGUAUUCAAGUCACUGGUUGAU